GAAACAUUUUUUAUAUUUAUUGUAAAAAUAUACUAUUUCUACUCAUUCUUGAAUUAAAAUGCUUACAUUCAAUAUUGCCGUUCUUAUAAUUUUGAGUUGGACAGCCACAAUAGCUGCACAAGUUCAAAUAGAAGCAAUGAGUCGAGGAUUUUACAAUUUUAGCGUUGACUUGUAUCAGCAAUGCUCCCAAUUCAAAUCUGGAAAUUUGGUAAUUUCACCAUUUUCAGUUGGGACAUCGUUAACUCUUCUUUCUGAAGCAGCCAAUGGAACGACAUAUGAACAAUUGAGAAAACAUUUGCACUUGAAUGGUGACAAGUCUGAUGUAGCUGAUAAAUUCAAAGAAUACAUUAAAAUAAUCAAAAGAAGUGCCGGACAAUCGGAACUGAUGAUUGCAAAUCAAAUCUAUGUACACGAAGGAUUCCAAUUGAAUCAGGAUUUUCGAAAAAUCGCUUCUGAUAUGUUGGGUGAAUCGACUACUGUUUUUAUGGUCAACACGAUCUAUCUAAAGAGCAUCUGGCUCCAACCAUUCCCACGACACAAAAAACCAGGUGGUGGCUUUUACGAUUGGAAGGAAAAUUUUUACAUCAGUGAAACGGAAACAGUUGAGGCCAACUUCAUGAAAAUGAAAAAGAAAGUUUGGAUUGUUGAUUUACAUGAAUUAGAUAUCGCUGCACUUAGGCUUGACUAUUUCCAAUCGAAUUUUUCAUUCAUAAUAAUUCUACCAAACAAACGAAUGGGAUUGUCUACGCUAGAAGCUCAGUUACAAAAUAUUAAUUUAUCUAAAAUUGUUGAAAAAAUGAAAUUUAUGGAAUAUGAAGUUCAAAUCCCGAAAUUCAAAGUCACGACUGAACUCCUUCUCAAUGAUAUUUUGAAAAAAAUUGGCAUGAAUGACAUGUUUGAAUUGGAAGCGAAUUUUAGUGGCCUUUUAAGCACUACCGUGCCACUAUAUGUGAGUCACGUCAUUCAUCAAGCUACCAUUGAAAUAAACGAAAAACUCAGUGAAGCUUCUGCUGCAACAGGUUCCAUCCACAGAAGAUUAAGUGGGACAGGUAUCUUCAGGGCCGAUCAUCCAUUCAUGUUUUACGUGUGGGACAGGGAAACUAAUACAACAAUUUUCAACGGUUGCAUUAAAAAUUUUCCGACGGAUAUAACUUUAAAACAAUGAGACAUUUCUAGAAGAUGUUUUCAUCUUUAGUCAAUAUCAAAAUAAAAAUGGAUUACAUUUUUUUCCAUGGGAACAUAUUUUACAACAGGUUCACGAUAGUGCCGACACAUUAACAUG